AUGAUCCUCUCCCUCCUCUCCCUCCUUGGACGCCUGGGCGCCGUCACGGCCUCGCUCAUCGUUGUAGGCCUCAAUGCAAAGUUCAUCACCGAGCGCCUUUGGCUGACGGAUCUGCUGGUCUACAUUGAAGUCGUUGCGGGCGUCAGUGUUGUAGCUGCGCUGGUUCCUCCAUACCCGAACUUUCUAUAUGACUCGUUUUGGGCGGCGGUGUGGAUCAUCGCUGCGAUCUUUGCUUUGGUUUUGCAGUUCGCAGAGUCGAAUUGCUAUGGGCUGCAGCCUCAUAGCCCGAUAGAGUGUGCGACGUACAAGGCUGGAACAGCUUUUGCGUUUAUUGCUUUGCUCUCAUGGCUGGGGAGUGCCUUUAUGGGAGGUCUGGCUAUCCUUGCGCUGAUGGCUAAUGUGGGGAAUCGAUACUGGGGUCGUCCACUACACCUCGGUGCUACAGAAAAGGACGAUACGGUCUCACCAGAGGAGGUUCGGAAGGUCAAGGGCCUAGGCAAUUCGCACGUUGCGAGGUGGUUUAUAUGCUAUGGUAUCCUUGGGGUAGUCCUCCUUGCGGUCGGAAUUCCUGUCAUUGUAAUCUACGCAGCCCCAGCCUUCGCUCGCUACCUUAUGCAAGGCAUCCCCGUACCCGACAACGUGCGCAUCCAACUGAAGAACCCGACCAACGACAGCAUCGGCGUGACACUCGAAAGCGACGUCUGGGUUCCUGACGGAGGAGAUGUAACCUUUUACCCGAUGGACGUGACCUUUUUCUCCAAUGACGAAUACCCCAACUUCGACCCGAUCGCAUCCAUCAGCCUCCCACUGUUAAAGUACAAAUCGAAGGAACACCUCAAUAUCCCCGAGCAGAGACUGCAGCUUGGAAAUCUUGAUGCGUUCGCACGGUUUAUUGAGCAUGCAGCGUUCAAUUCUACGUUUACAUUGGGUGGGAUUGCGCGCGCGAAGGUCAAGAUCGCGACAAUCAGCACCGAGGUAGAUCUGUAUAAGUCGGUCACGUUUCCAGCGUUCAAUGCGUUCCCAACGAUCGAGUUCAAGGAGAUUGGGCUCAAGACCCGUGAUGCCAACGGCUAUAAUCUCCAUGCAAAAGUCGUCCUCGAGAACCCGACUCCGGCAAGCGCGACGCUCGGCGACGUUACUCUGAACGCAAUGAUCGGCGACUUCAUAAUCGGCGAAGGCCGAGUCUCCGUGGCGAACAUCAUCCCUGGCAGGAAUACAUUCGACGUGGACGCGAAGCUCAACAUCACAAACAUCCAGAACAACAUCAACGCAAUAAUGGCAAUCGAGUUGCCCUACCUAAAGAGGGAGCAGAUUAUCGUCUCUGCAUCCGUCACCUCGGUCGUAUACGAGGGCGAGCAUCUGCCCUACUGGGAAGAGGCAUUCGGUCGGCUUGAGAUUGCACUUGCCCGGCCGAUUCGUCCACUUGUUCAGAGUAUACUAGACAGUGGCUUUCUGGGGAGUUAUAUGAGUCCGAUUGUGAAGCGGGUGCUGAAUAUUAUCUUGGAGAACGUGAAGGAGAUGGAUGAGGAUGAUCUCGAGGAUUAUGCGGAAGGUUUGGGGGAUAUUGGCACGCGAGCGCUCAGUCUUCUUUCGACCCUGGGUAUCUUGUGA